CUACUGAUCCAUUCAUUGGUCUACCGUCGGAGGGAAAAUAAAGCGACUGGCUCUUCCUUUUUAGCACUUCGGGAAUUUUCAUUGGGCAGGCAAGGAGAGAAAGGCGGGAACUUCUAACACGUCGAUCAAGAGGAUUUGGCGAAAUGAUUGGAUGAAACGAAAAGCAGCUACGCCUACCCCUCCGCUACCGCGCAAUUCAAAAGCUGAGGCAGGACGGAGGUGCGGUCCGCUGGGGCGCUUCUGGGGAGUCCGGGGACCGAUAAAUAUUGGAGAUGUUGAAGUUCAAGUAUGGCAUACGCAGCCCAUUGGACUCAAGUGCAACUGAGCCCAUCAGUAGCCGGGCCUCCAGGCUGAAUCUUCUUUUCCAGGGUAAAACACCCUUUAUGACUCAACAGCAGAUGUCUCUUCUCUCCCGUGAAGGGAUACUGGAUGCCCUUUUUGUUUUAUUUGAAGAAUGCAACAAUCCUGCCCUAAUGAAGAUUAAGCAUGUGAGCAACUUUGUCAGAAAGUAUUCGGAGACCAUAGCUGAAUUACGGGAACUCCAGCCUGGACUGAAGGACUUUGAAAUAAGAAGUCUGGUGGGCUGUGGUCACUUUGCUGAUGUGCAGGUGGUAAGGGAAAAAGCCACUGGGGAUAUAUAUGCCAUGAAAGUAAUGAAGAAGAGGUCCUUGUUGGCACAAGAAGAGGUUUCAUUUUUUGAAGAAGAACAAAGCAUAUUAUGUCGAAGUACAAGUCCUUGGAUCCCUCAGUUACACUAUGCAUUUCAGGACAAACAGAAUCUUUAUCUGGUUAUGGAAUAUCUGCCUGGAGGAGAUUUGCUAUCACUCUUGAAUCGCUAUGAGGAUCAGUUAGAUGAAAAUAUGAUAGAAUUUUAUCUUGCGGAACUGGUUUUGGCCAUUCAUAGUGUUCAUCAGAUGGGAUAUGUCCAUCGAGACAUCAAACCAGAGAACAUUCUUAUCGACCGAACAGGCCAUAUCAAACUGGUGGACUUUGGAGCAGCUGCCAAAAUGACUACAAAUAAAAUGGUGAAGUCCAAGCUCCCUAUUGGGACACCUGAUUACAUGGCGCCAGAAGUACUGACAGUGAUGAAUGGAGAUGGAAAGGGCAUCCAUGGGCCAGAAUGUGACUGGUGGUCAUUGGGAGUCAUUGCUUAUGAAAUGGUUUAUGGACGAUCACCUUUUACUGAAGGAACCACAGCCAAAACUUUUAAUAAUAUCAUGAAUUUCCAGCGGUUUCUGAAGUUCCCAGAUAGCCCUAAAGUUAGCAGUGAAUUUCUUGAUCUGAUUCAGAGUCUGCUUUGUGGACCAAAAGAAAGGCUGAGUUAUGAGAGUCUCUGCUGCCAUCCAUUUUUCUCAAAAAUUGAUUGGAAUAACAUUCGUAACUCUCCUCCCCCCUUCUUUCCUACCCUCAAGUCUGAUGAUGACACCUCUAAUUUUGAUGAACCAGAGAGGAAUUCGCGGGCUUUACCUUUUCCUGGCCAGUUGAACCCCGGAGGUUUCUCUGGUGAAGAUUUGCCUUUUGUGGGGUUUUCGUUCAGCAGAGCACUGGGAAUCCUUGGUAGAGCAGAGUCUGUUGUAUCAGGUUUGGACUCUCCUGCCAAGAUUAGCUCCAUGGAAAAGAAACUUCUUAUCAAGAGCAAAGAGCUACAAGACACUCAGGACAAGUGUCACAAGAUGGAGCAGGAAAUGACCCGGUUGCACCGGAGAGUGUCUGAGGUGGAGGCUGUGCUUAGCCAAAAGGAGGUGGAGCUGAAGGCCUCUGAAACCCAGAGAUCCCUCUUGGAGCAGGACCUGGCUACUUACAUCACAGAAUGCAGUAGCCUAAAGCGAAGUUUGGAGCAGGCACGGAUGGAAGUGUCCCAGGAGGAUGACAAAGCAUUACAGCUUCUCCAUGAUAUCCGAGAGCAGAGUCGAAAGCUACAAGAAAUCAAAGAACAGGAAUAUCAGGCUCAAGUAGAAGAGAUGAGGUUGAUGAUGAAUCAGUUGGAAGAGGACCUUGUCUCUGCAAGAAGACGUAGUGAUCUCUAUGAAUCUGAGUUGAGAGAGUCUCGGUUAGCAGCUGAAGAAUUCAAACGCAAAGCCACAGAAUGUCAGAACAAAUUGAUGAAGGCUAAAGAUCAAGGGAAGGUUGAAGUAGGAGAACUAUAUUCCAAAUUGGAGAAGGUGAAUGCUGAGCAGCAGCUCAAAAUCCAGGAGUUACAAGAGAAGCUGGCCAAGGCUGUGAAAGCUAGCUCAGAGGCGACGGAACUGCUUCAGAAUAUUCGUCAGGCAAAGGAACGAGCUGAGGGGGAGCUGGAGAAACUACGCAACCGAGAAGACUCUUCUGAGGGCAUGAGAAAGAAGUUGUUUGAAGCGGAGGAACGACGCCAUUCUCUGGAGAACCAAGUAAAGAGGCUAGAGACUGUGGAACGCAGAGAAAACAGACUGAAGGAUGAUAUCCAGACUAAAUCACAACAGAUUCAACAGAUGGCUGAUAAAAUUCUGGAGCUGGAGGAGAAGCACCGGGAGGCUCAGGUCUCAGCCCAGCACCUAGAGGUGCAUCUGAAACAAAAAGAGCAACUCUACGAGGAAAAAAUUAAAGUAUUGGACAAUCAAAUAAAAAAAGAUCUAGCUGAUAAGGAAACACUUGAGAAUAUGAUGCAAAGACACGAGGAAGAAGCUCAUGAAAAAAGCAAAAUUCUCAGUGAGCAGAAGGCGAUGAUCAAUGCUAUGGAUUCCAAGAUCAGGUCUCUGGAACAGAGGAUAGUGGAGCUGUCAGAAGCAAAUAAAUUGGCAGCAAAUAGCAGCCUCUUUACCCAGAGGAACAUGAAAGCCCAAGAAGAGAUGAUUUCAGAACUCAGACAACAGAAGUUUUAUCUGGAAACGCAAGCUGGGAAAUUGGAAGCUCAGAAUCGAAAGCUGGAAGAACAGUUGGAAAAAAUCAGUCAUCAAGACCAUAGUGACAAAAGUCGUCUCUUAGAACUGGAGACGAGGCUGAGGGAGGUUAGUUUGGAGCAUGAAGAACAAAAGUUGGAACUUAAGCGCCAGCUCACUGAACUGCAGCUCUCCCUCCAAGAGAGAGAAUCUCAGCUUUCAGCAUUGCAGUCAGCCCGAACUGCCCUGGAGAGUCAGCUCCGACAGGCAAAAACUGAGCUGGAGGAGACAACGGCAGAAGCUGAGGAGGAGAUCCAGGCCCUCACGGCACAUAGAGAUGAAAUCCAGCGUAAAUUUGAAGCCCUUCGUAAUAGCUGCACAGUGAUUACAGACUUGGAAGACCAACUAAACCAGCUGACUGAGGACAAUGCUGAGCUGAACAACCAGAACUUCUAUUUGUCCAAACAGCUAGAUGAGGCUUCAGGUGCCACCGAUGAGCUGGUCCAACUGCGCAGUGAGGUGGACCAUCUUCGUCGGGAGAUUACCGAGAGGGAGAUGCAGCUUACCAGCCAGAAACAAACAAUGGAAGCCUUGAAAACCACUUGCACAAUGCUAGAAGAGCAAGUGAUGGAUUUAGAGGCCCUGAAUGAUGAACUUCUGGAGAAGGAACGUCAGUGGGAGGCCUGGCGGAGUGUUCUUGGUGAUGAGAAGUCCCAGUUUGAGUGUCGGGUCCGAGAGUUGCAGAGAAUGUUGGAUACUGAGAAGCAGAGCAGAGUAAGAGCUGAUCAGCGUAUCACAGAAUCCCGUCAGGUGGUGGAGUUGGCCGUGAAGGAACACAAAGCCGAGAUCCUAGCCCUACAGCAGGCCCUGAAGGAGCAGAAGCUGAAAGCUGAAAGUCUCUCAGAUAAGCUCAAUGACUUGGAGAAGAAGCACACCAUGCUGGAAAUGAAUGCCCGAAGUUUACAGCAGAAACUGGAAACAGAGCGAGAACUCAAACAGCGGCUUCUGGAAGAGCAAGCAAAGCUGCAGCAACAAAUGGACUUGCAAAAGAAUCACAUUUUCCGCCUGACUCAAGGACUCCAAGAGGCUCUUGAUCGAGCUGAUUUGCUGAAGACAGAGAGGAGUGAUCUGGAAUAUCAGCUUGAAAACAUUCAGGUCCUGUAUUCUCAUGAAAAAGUAAAAAUGGAAGGCACCAUUUCCCAGCAAACAAAGCUCAUUGAUUUUCUACAGGCCAAAAUGGACCAACCUGCUAAGAAGAAAAAGGGCUUAUUUAGUCGACGGAAAGAGGACCCUGCUUUACCCACACAGGUUCCUCUGCAGUACAAUGAGCUGAAGGCGGCCCUGGAGAAGGAGAAGGCCCGCUGUGCAGAGCUGGAGGAGGCACUCCAGAAAACCCGCAGUGAGCUGCGAUCGGCUCGGGAAGAAGCUGCCCAUCGUAAAGCAGCAGAUCACCCCCACCCAUCCACACCAGCCACUGCACGACAGCAGAUUGUCAUGUCUGCGAUAGUGAGGUCACCAGAACACCAGCCCAACCCAAUCAGCUUGCUAGCUCCACCGUCCAGUCGGAGAAAAGAGUCCUCCACUCCAGAAGAGUUUAAUCGGCGUCUAAAAGAGCGAAUGCACCACAAUAUCCCACACCGAUUCAAUGUGGGACUAAACAUGAGAGCAACAAAGUGUGCGGUGUGUCUGGAUACUGUGCACUUUGGACGUCAGGCAUCGAAAUGUCUUGAAUGCCAAGUAAUGUGCCACCCGAAGUGUUCAACGUGCCUGCCAGCUACCUGUGGUCUGCCCGCCGAGUACGCUACACACUUCACUGAAGCCUUCUGCCGGGACAAAAUGAACUCCCCGGGACUGCAGCUCAAGGAGCCAAGCACUAAUUUACGUCUGGAAGGAUGGAUGAAGGUGCCAAGAAAUAAUAAACGAGGACAACAGGGCUGGGAUAGGAAGUACAUUGUCUUGGAGGGAUCAAAAGUGCUCAUCUAUGACAGUGAGGCCAGAGAAGCUGGACAGAGGCCAGUGGAAGAGUUUGAGCUGUGCCUUCCUGAUGGGGAUGUCUCCAUUCAUGGAGCUGUGGGAGCCUCUGAACUUGCAAAUACAGCCAAGACAGAUGUGCCGUACAUAAUGAAGAUGGAGUCUCACCCCCACACCACGUGCUGGCCUGGGAGAACACUCUACUUACUUGCCCCCAGCUUCCCAGAGAAGCAGCGCUGGGUCACUGCUUUAGAGUCAGUUGUCGCAGGUGGGAGAGUUUCUAGGGAAAAAGCAGAGGCUGAUGCUAAGCUGCUUGGGAACUCCCUGCUGAAGCUCGAAGGGGAGGAUCGCCUGGACAUCAACUGUACUCUGCCCUUCAGUGACCAGGUGGUGCUGGUUGGAACCGAGGAAGGGCUUUAUGCCCUGAAUGUCUUGAAGAAUUCCCUGACCCACAUCCCAGGUGUGGGUGCUGUCUUCCAGAUUUACAUCAUCAAGGACCUGGAAAAGCUCCUCAUGAUAGCAGGAGAAGAGAGGGCCUUGUGCCUUGUCGAUGUGAAGAAAGUCAAGCAGUCCCUCGCACAGUCUCACCUCCCCGCCCAGCCGGACAUCACACCCAGCGUCUUUGAAGCCGUCAAAGGCUGCCACCUGUUUGCCGCUGGCAAGAUUGAGAAUGGACUCUGCAUCUGUGCCGCCAUGCCUAAUAAAGUUGUCCUUCUCCGCUACAACGAAAACCUCAGCAAAUACUGCAUCAGGAAAGAGAUAGAAACCUCUGAGCCCUGUAGCUGUAUACAUUUCACUAACUACAGUAUCAUCAUCGGGACAAACAAAUUCUAUGAAAUUGAAAUGAAGCAGUAUACUCUGGAGGAAUUUCUGGAUAAGAAUGACCAUUCCUUGGCCCCUGCAGUAUUUGCUUCUUCCUCCAAUAGUUUCCCUGUUACUAUCGUACAGGUGAACAGUGCAGGGCAGAGGGAAGAGUACCUGCUCUGUUUCCAUGAAUUUGGUGUGUUUGUGGACUCUUAUGGAAGACGAAGCCGCACUGACGAUCUGAGAUGGAGCCGCUUGCCUUUGGCCUUUGCCUACAGAGAGCCUUAUCUGUUUGUGACGCACUUCAACUCUCUUGAAGUGAUUGAGAUUCAGGCACGUUCUUCUUUGGGAACUCCUGCACGUGCUCAUUUGGAAAUUCCAAAUCCUCGUUAUUUGGGACCAGCGAUUUCAUCAGGAGCAAUUUACUUGGCAUCUUCCUACCAGGACAAAUUAAGAGUCAUCUGCUGCAAAGGAAACCUGGUUAAGGAGUCUAGUGGUGAGCACCCCCGAGGGGCUUCCACUUCCCGCAGCAGUCCCAACAAGAGAGGGCCCCCCACCUACAACGAGCACAUCACCAAGCGGGUGGCCUCCAGCCCCGCCCCGCCGGAAGGCCCCAGCCACCCGAGAGAACCAAGCACACCGCACCGCUACCGAGAGGGCAGGACCGAGCUGCGCAGGGACAAGUCCCCCGGCCGGCCUCUGGAGAGGGAGAAGUCUCCGGGGAGGAUGCUGAGCACCCGGAGGGAGAGGUCUCCGGGGAGGCUGUUUGACGAGAGCAGCCGGGGCCGCCUGCCCGUUGGGGCCGUGAGGACUCCGCUGUCACAAGUCAACAAGGUCUGGGACCAGUCUUCUGUGUAAUCUCAGCCUGAAAAACAAAACCAAGGAUGGCCUGCAGGACCCACUCCGGCAGGGCUCUGAGGGGGUGGUGCCGCCCCCACCGGAGCCUGUGGGUCCCCCUCAGCAAAGACAGUGGAGGAGGCGGAGGGGCGCCGGCCGGCCAGCCCGCGGCCUCUUCCCCCCCCACCCCCCACCCCCGGAUCACCCCUGCACUUUGUGCCACUGCUACUCUUUCAAGCUCUUCGUAGACUUUUGUACUGAAGACAAGGGGGCUGUGGACCCUGCUGGGCGUGAUUGGAACUCUUGAUUCACCAUCGUGAAUUUUAAAGACGGUGGAAUCCUUGAGAAUGUGAACAGAAGCUACCUUCCUGUUGAAGUUGUCUUUCCAGCUCAACUGCAGCACUGGGUCUUUACCACCAAAAUGUCGAACAACCAGCCCCUCCCCAUCCGCUUCCCUUCUGUUUGCGCCAUCCUCGGCCUCAUUGCCUCCCCAGCUUCUCGUGGUCCCGUGGCCCUGGGCCUCCCCUCGAGGGAGGGACUCCAGGCCCGGAGCCUCAUCUCGGGGACUGCCGGCCAGCCCUGCUUUCAUUUGGCUCUGGCCAGACAUGCAUGCGGUAGACUGCUCUGAGCCCAGCAUCCCCGGGCGGCCAGCAGCCUCCGUCCAGGUCCCCUGCAUGCUGCUGCUCCAUCGGCCUGGCUGCUCUCUUUUGGUUGCUACGCUAAUGGUGUCAUCGUUCCCACGUAAGCCAGCGACUUCAGACCUUUUGAUGAUUGCCAGAUGACUGGCCAUGACGGAGCUGCAGUCCGUACGUAGCACUGGGGAAUGCUACAAGCCUUAUUAUUCUGAUGAGAGAAGGAUUUCAGCAAAUCACCGCCUAGAAAACUUGAAUGUGACCCCCGUGUUCCCUACUGUGUCUCCCUCCUCCGUAACUACGACCCUCUCUGUGCGCCCUUUCCUGAGAAACUGACCUUUCCCGGGGCCCAUCCCCGACCAGGAAGUCCCAGAGAACUCGUAGCUCCACUCUGAGCCCCGGCCCCAGCGGCGCUUUGUUUCUUAGGUGCUGCAAGGCUGUCCUGCUUUCUCCUCAUCCAUGAAUAAGAGUGGAAUCCCUGGCCUUGGAGCACCUCGAGAAUCGAGUUUCUGCAGCUGGCAGGAGACCUGUCAGCCUCCUUCCUGGGUUCCCCUCAUCCCCUGUUGUGCCAUGACGCUGACGGCUGCCUUUCUGCUCACGGCACCGUCGAGGCCGCUGGGGGUUGUGGAUGGGCUCCAGCCACAGUCAGAGCAAAAGAGCUCUUCUGGAGGCGUCCAGUGUUCCUUGGUCUCCAACUUGCCCUCAGCCCAAGACCUCUGUUCCUCCUCGUUUGUCUCCUCUCUAGGGCCCAUUUGGUUCAGAUUUCUGGGAAACUCAUCAUCAUUUGAACCUCAGGCAAAUGUUGUGACUGGUGUGGUUUUUGUGUUGUCGAAAGUUGGGGUUUUGUUGCUUGUUUUGUUUUUUGUUGUUGUUGUUUGGGUUAUAUUUAACUCCCCACUGAGAGCAGAAGAUUGAAAAUUUGCUGAAGUUUUGCCUCUUGGUCCACAAGUAUUUUGAAAGGUCAUUAAAAUUGGUCUUUCAGUCUUUACAUUUCAUUUAGAUCUCCAUGAGAAAUGGGCUUCCCAAGUCCUGCAAAGUGUAUAUCUUGUGUCUCAUUUGUGAAAUGCUUCCUCCUACAGGAGUAGCUCAAAAGACUGUACAUAUUUACAAGAAACUUUAUAUUCGUAAAAAAACAAACAAACAAAACAACAAAGGAAAUUGAAUUGGUUUCUACUUUUUUAUUGUAAAAGGUGCAUUUUUCAACACUAACUUUUGGUUUCAGUGGUGGUGGCUGUGUAUGGCCAUCAGAACAGAGGGUCGGAGCUCUCUGUGUCACCACCAAGAUCCCAGAAAGAAAUAUUGUCACAUGAAAUUGCCGUUAGAUGCUUCUAAGUCACCAAGGUUCUAUGUAUCCAAAAGUACAGCUUUUUCUUCAUUACCUUUUUUAUUCUUGACAAGGAAAGGAAUCCAAGGUAUAAUUCAGGAUCUGCCCUGAAAGACAUGGACUUUGUUGUUGAACAAUAAUCAAAUAAAACAAUUACCUGAAGCA